AUGGCGACGGCAACGGCAGGCGGGACGGGCUCCGGCGGACCGGCCACCGGCCCGGUCGGCGGCGGAGGGGCGGCGCUGGGACGGAAGAAGGACGGCGGCCCGUCCACGAAGUUCUGGGAGAGCUCGGAGACGAUAUCGCAGAUGGAGACGGUGCGGCAGUGGAUCGGGAAACACUACAAGAAGUAUGUCCAGAACGACUCCCCCUCCAGUAAGUCCUUGGCGGGCCUGGUCGUCCAGCUGCUGCAGUUCCAGGAGGACGCGUUCGGACGCAGAGUCAACAAUCCUGCUCUUACCAAGCUACCUGCAAAAUGUUUCCAGGAUUUCAAGGCAGGAGGGGCCCUCUGUCACAUCUUGGGAUCCGUCUACAAGUUCAAGAGUGAGCAGGGCUGGCGUCGAUUUGAUCUGCAGAAUCCUUCCCGGAUGGACAGGAACGUGGAAAUGUUCUUGAAUGUUGAGAAGAACUUGGUUCAGAACAACUGCCUGACUCGACCCACCGUCUUCCUGUCGCCGGACAUCGAGCAGAAACAGGCCAGUAAGCUCAAAGACAUCGUCAAGAGGCACCAGGGCUCGAUUACUGAUGACAAGUCGAAGGCCACCCACCACAUUUAUCCCUCAGCAUCCCAACAAGACGAAGAGGAGUGGCUUCGACCUGUCAUGAGGAAAGACAAGCAGGUGCUGGUGCACUGGGGUCUCUACCCAGACAGCUAUGACACCUGGGUAUCAGCCGGGGAGGUGGACGGUGACGUGGAGGAUCCUCCGAGCUCCGACCGACCCUGGAAGGUUCACGCCAAGUGGGUUUUAGAGACAGACGCCUUCAACGAGUGGAUGAACGAGGAAGACUACGAGGUCGACGAGAACAAGAAACCAGUCAGCUUCCGCCAGAGGAUCUUCCCCAAAGAGGAGGAGUCUUCCCGUACACCCGAUCGAAAGGAGCGCAAAGCCAACUCCGCCGGCAAGAAGAGGAGGCGCUCGCCCUCGCCGCCCAGCACUCCUGUUGAGUCUCGCAAGAAGGGAGGAAAGAAGGGGAAUCCCGGGCCUCACUGGAAGCGACGAGGCCACAGAGGCGAAGAGGAGGACACGGAGGAGGACACGACCAAGGACCUGGACGACUCAUCGGCUGGUGCCAGCCUGGAGGAGGGCAGUGUUUCCAAAAAUGCAAGUUCAAAGAAAGACAGCGAAAGCACUCCGGUGAAAGGAGGGAAUGUGGCCGACUUGGAUGACAUGGAGGACGACUCUGUGCUGUCUGGUGGAAAGGAUGACGAGGACCAGGGCAAAGCGGAAAUCAACCGGCUGAUCGAUGCUGGCGAGGACAACGUGACUGAACAGACUCAUCACAUCAUCAUCCCCAGCUACGCCGCCUGGUUCGACUACAACUGCAUCCAUGAGAUUGAGAGAAGAGCCCUCCCUGAGUUCUUCAACGGAAAGAACAAGUCCAAAACUCCAGAGAUAUUCCUGGCCUAUCGUAACUUCAUGAUUGACACGUACCGGCUGAACCCUCAGGAGUAUCUCACCUCCACCUCCUGCCGCAGGAACCUGACCGGAGAUGUGUGCGCCAUCAUGAGGGUCCAUGCGUUCCUGGAGCAGUGGGGUUUGGUCAAUUACCAGGUCGACUCAGAUAGUCGCCCUCUGCCCAUGGGCCCCCCACCCACACCCCACUUCACUGUGCUGGCUGACACACCCUCCGGCCUCAUACCCCUGAACCACAGACCCCCACCGAUUCCUCCUCAACAGCCGAUGCCCAACUUCAUCGACAAAGGCAAAGAGAAAUCCAUCGACCUGCAGAACUUUGGCCUUCGAGGCGACCUCUACAAGAAAAGUGCAAAGGCUAAAGCAGUCACUUCCACCAGGGACUGGACCGAGCAGGAGACUCUACUGCUGCUGGAGGCUCUGGAGAUGUUCAAAGACGACUGGAACAAAGUGUCGGAGCACAUAGGUUCUCGCACCCAGGACGAGUGUAUCCUGCACUUCCUGCGGCUGCCCAUCGAGGAUCCUUACCUGGAGAGCACGGAGUCCACUCUGGGCCCUCUGGCCUACCAGCCCAUCCCCUUCAGCCAGUCUGGAAACCCCGUCAUGAGCACUGUCGCCUUCCUGGCCUCUGUGGUCGACCCCAGAGUCGCAUCUGCUGCGGCCAAGGCAGCUCUAGAGGAGUUUUCCCGUGUGCGUGAGGAGGUGCCUGCUGAGCUGGUGGAGGCUCAUGUGAAGAAGGUGCAGGAGGCGGCCAGGAGCACAGGAAAGGUGGACCCCGCCUUCGGCCUGGAGAGCAGUGGCAUCGCUGGCACGGCCCCAGAGGAGCCAGAAAAGACCGAAACCGCAGAGCCAGAAAAGAUGGACACGGACUCAGACUCCCAACAGGCUGAUAAGGCGGAGUCGAAGGAAGAGGCAGAGAAGCCCAGUGAGUCUGCAGAGAAGAGCGACAAGUCGGACGCUGCAGACAAGGUGAAGAAGGAGGGAGCCGAGUCGUCGGACCACGAGGAGGAGGCAGAGGAAGCAGGAGAGGCCAAGACGUCUCCAGCAGAAAAAGAAAAGGAGGAGACCAUGGAGACAUCGCCCUCCGAGCAGGAGAAGGAGAAGGAGGAGAAGGCAGCUGAAGACGAGGGAGAGGAGAAGAGGAAGAAGCUGGAGCACGACAUCGGAGAGGGAAACAUCGCCACGGCGGCCGCAGCUGCUCUGGCAUCUGCUGCCACCAAGGCCAAGCACUUGGCGGCGGUGGAGGAGAGGAAGAUCAAGUCCCUGGUUGCUCUGCUGGUUGAGACGCAGAUGAAGAAGCUGGAGAUUAAGCUGAGGCACUUCGAGGAGCUCGAGACCAUCAUGGACCGAGAGAAAGAAGCGUUGGAGCUCCAGCGGCAGCAGCUGCUCACCGAGCGCCAGGCGUUCCACAUGGAGCAGCUCAAAUACGCAGAGAUGAAGGCGAGGCAGCAGAUGGAGCAACAAGCUGCUGCUGCCGCCGCUGCUGCUGCAGCUGCCCAGGGACAGGCCCCCGGAUCCGGGCCCUCUCAGCCAGGCAUGCACCCCGGAGGACCCCCACCUCACCACGGAGGACCCCCACCACACCACGGAGGGCCACCGCACCCUGGAUACCCCCCAAUGGGUCACCACCCCAUGGCCACUCUCCACCAAGGACCGACAGGACCGAUGGGACCAAACCAGCCGGUACCUGGACGUAUGAUGCCGGGGCCGCCCUCCGCAGGGGCCCCGUCUAGCGGCAUGGCUCCCAUGAUGCCCCCACGCCACUCUGGAGCUCCCAACGGCUUGUACCCUGGCCCAGCGGCCGCACAACCUGAACCGGUUCCUGCAGUUGCUGUGGGUCCUCCAGCCCCCCCGAGUGCACGAGUGGCUGACAACUAAGAACUAAACACACACACACACACAAACAAAAGCACACAAACACACACACAACACAAAACUAACUUUAUCUCUGAAACCCAGUCCCGCAUUUGAUGGCCUUCACAACCGAUUCAAUAUAUUCCCCUCAGAUCCCCAAAACUCCAUUAACGUCUUCACAAGACACACACACACACACACACACACUCAGGGUUCAGUGGCAAGGGUAACCCAAUUAUACACACACACACAUCCAGGCUUCCUCUCAGGGCACAAGACUUGUCCAGUAACAAACACUGUUUUCUGCUCUGUUGGGUCAGAUGGAGGCUGGACAGAUAAGAACCUCAGUGUGUCUCAAAGUUUGAAAGUUUGAAUUGACACUGUGACCCCAUCCUGUCUCUUCACCACACGCACACACACCCCCUCUCUUCUCGUCUCUAAGCCAAUCACUAGGGGGAGCUAGUGAGACCAGACAGCAGGGGUUUGUGUGUUCGUGCUCAGAGCUGUUACACACAAACACAAACCAGUCAGACAACAACAUGAAUAAAACACACACAGAAGAGGACCCAGCCUGCCCUCACUCUAGUCUUGUCGAGUAUCUACCUCUCGCUCCUCUUUUUAAACAAUACACUGUAGUUCUUUGUGUGUCUGUGGAUGUGUGUGUGCUCAGGAUAGAGUGUGAGAUGAAGAGAUAGAGAAAUAUGAUCGUCUAAAGGCAAACAAGUUUCAAAUCGACAUAUUAAAGCACGUCGAAGACAAUUCUGUGUUUUACCCAUAAAAUGUAAUUUGUCUCCGCCCCUUGACCUAAACUAAGAUGAUUAAAUAAUUGAAAUCUUUUAAAAUCCCUCACAAUUCAUUUCAAUUUCCUAAAACGUAUAUUCUGAAUUAAGCUGAAUGUGUAAGAAUAAAACCUUAAGUAUCACCAAACUUUUCUUUAAGCAUUAACACAACUGUCUCAGAUCUGAGUGACGUGAGCCUGUCAACACACAUUUACACACAAACACACACGGAAACGUAAGCUAGGCUGAGGCUCACACUGGAGGCUGCGUCCACACACACACCGACUUGGCCAGACCCUGCCACAAAGCACUGGACAACCACACACACACACAGACACACACAAAUACAGACACGUACAUAUAAUCUCCUGCUGACCUUCACACAGCCUUUACAGAGAGGGAGACGCUGUGAUGCGGCUCGAGCGUGAGCGGCGCUUCUCCUCGACGCGGUGGCUCGUAGAUGUUUUUAGGUGCUGAUACUGUAGCGACUGAACCCCCCCACCCCACC